CAGUGUGUGCAUGUGGUUUAAUGAUAACUGGCUACAGAUUUAGCAGCAGAUACUGAACAUCGCUAAUUAGACGUGCCCAAAAAGUGAAGCAGAAAUAUUUGAUAUAAAAAAAGGGGAAAUAACUGUGUAAUGAGUUUUACUGUUCCUUUAAUUAAUUAAUAAGGACUAGUAGUAACCACGGUAUCAUUUCCCCUCUUCCUGGGAUUCCACUUAAAGGAAACAGAUUCUGGCAGAACAAAGAGCAUUAGCAGUCCAGCUGUUUUUUGGGGAAAGAAAUGGAACAGGGAAAAAAAAGCUUCCUGUUUCUUUAAAGGAGCUGCAGCUCUGUGUGGCUUGGGGCUGGGAAGCCUCUGUGGCUCUGGGAGUGAGUCUCCUGCAGCAGGCGGCUCGCUGACUGAUCUCACUAACAGGGGCUUCUGUGUAAGCUGAGGCUAAACAAACACAGAUGGAGUUCAGUUUGCAUUCCCCAAAAAUGCUGGCAAUGCGGCAGGAGCUUCAGAUGUCACAGCACUAGGGCAGCACACACACAGCUCCUCACUAGAUGCACAGUUGCACGUUGUCUACAGCAGCAGCAGCUUCAGCUCCACUGAGCAAACCGACAGUUGCACUGGGGACAGGGGCAUUAGUGGGCAGCGCUGAACCGACUCUUGGGUUCCCCCCAGCCCCUGGCUCAGCCAUGAAGAACCUGCAGCUUGUGGAGGAGAAGCCCUGGAAGAGUCACUGCAUCAAGGAGAUCAGGAGGCUGAAGAGGAAGAGCAGGGAGGAAGCAGGGAUCAAUCCAGUGAAUGGGAUGAAAAGUUUCAAAGUGGACCUGAAAGUGGAUGAGGCUCCAGCAGCAGCAGCAGCAGCAGGAGGAGGAAGGACUGGGCAGUUGGAGCUCUUGGGGGAGCAUGUCAUUGAGGGGGAGGCUUUGGACCUGAGGAACAAUGGGGUUUACCUGGGGAAGAAAGGAUUAAUGAAAAGCAGAGGGUCGGAGGGGCAGCAGCAGCCCAGGAUGGUGAUAUGUCCCACACGACCACCACCAGAGACUCCUUAUUUGCCAGCCCCCCAAGACCCUUACAGCCCAGACCCCUCGGCAUCGCCUAGGAAACAGCUGGGGGAGACGGCAGGCGUCACUUCAGAGAUCAAAGCCAUUCAGCAGACAAGGAGGCUACUAGCCAAUGCCAGGGAGAGGACCAGAGUGCAUACCAUCAGUGCUGCCUUUGAGGCGCUCAGGAAACAGGUGCCGUGUUAUUCUUAUGGACAGAAGCUGUCUAAGCUGGCCAUCUUGAGAAUAGCUUGUAACUAUAUCCUCUCCUUAGCCCGUCUGGCUGACAUGGAUUACAGCGCCGAUCACAGUAACUUGAGUUUCCCCGAGUGUGUAGAGCAAUGUACUAGGACUUUACAGUCAGAGGGAAGGUCGAAAAAAAGAAAGGAAUAAAGUUGUGGUAACGUCUGGUUUAGUGAAACAACAGCCAAGCAGGGUUCCCUCACUCCUGGCAAGCGUCGGAUGGUAAAUCCUGAAGACAAGCUCCUGGCUUCUACGCUUGAGAAAGACAUCUGGAUAAAUCCCUUUCAAACACAAAGGGGGGAGAGAGAUAGAGAAACUGCUGUUCUGUUCCGAACAAGUCAGCUAUUUAGUGUGUGCAAUUUAUUAUUUUGCUCUUCCUUCUCUCUUAAACUGGGAUAUUUUUAUAUCACUUCAUUGCACAGCAAGACUUUUUUUGUUUGUUGCCGUUGUGCCAAAGAUUUAGUGAAGCAUUUACUUCCCCUUAAUUCCUCCGCUAGCGGAUCCAGCGGUUUCUCACAUAACGUACUCAUCUUGUCAGCCAAUUCUGAGAGUUGUAGUUGCACAAGAGCUGCCAUUUGUAUUGGAUAUCCAACCAGGGAGGCAGAGCCAGGAGGGUUCCAAGCCACAGUCUUCUCUCCCAAAUGCACCAGGGUUUAUGGGACAGUUCUUUGGGUAUUAUAUAACCUUACCAACUUAUAUCACUGGUUUUUGUGCUCCGUUGUAUCCUUGUAUUCUUUAUAAUGACAUCAUCACGUUGUAUUAGCAUGAUGAUGAUGUCAUCACAUUUCGAAGGGUCUUGUUGGCUGCAGAGAGGUCAGUUGGGGUGUGAACAGGUCUUGGUGGAGGCCCACUCUCCACAACAAUUAGAUGGAGACUAAAUGUAAUAGGUUUUAUAUAGACUGAUGGUAGAAAUGGCUGAUGGCAAUUGUCCCCCCAGGAGAUGUACUGAUACUCUGAGAGGGUUAUUUAUUAAAAUCUGAAUGUUAAAAACGCAAAAAAAAAAAUCAAUUUUUGAGGAAAAAAACCUUCAAGAUGUAUAAGACCCCGAUGCUGCAAAAAGCCAGAAUCCAAAAAUCCGCCAUCCCAGACCGGUCGAGGUCAUGUAUAAGUCAAAGGGCGAGGCGACUAUCUCAAAUUGAUGUUUUCGUGGGGUGCACUGGGUUUAGCCCGAAAAUCCAACUUUUUCAGGGUUUUCGGCCAAAAACUCGAAAACUCAAGAAAAAAUUCUAGCAAUUCGGGAAAAAGCCUGAAACAUUUCAGCAAUUUGGGUUUUCGUUCAAUUUUAUCGAGUUUUUAUAACUAUAAUUAUAAUCAAUGGGGGGUGCCUAAUAGGUUGGUACGCCACUUUCAUUAUACCUUUUCUCUCUCCUUUAAAGGGGUGGUCCACCUUUAAGUUAACUUUUGUAUGUUAUAGAAUGGCCAAUUCUAAGCAACUUUCCAAUUG